AUGACUGAAGUUAUUAUUAGCGCAGGGCCGUGGACAACGGGCAAGAUGCUUAAGGCAGGUUUAUCGACUCUGCUCACCCCGGAUGUGGAGGUGCGGCAGGAGUUUCAAGAAGAACAGAAUGAGCCUGCCUUGGGCAUCUUGGCUUUGUUUGACAAGCACAUCGAGGAAAUUUUGGAGAAGGUGUGCGGAGUUGCUGACCCAAAGUGCCGCGAAUUUACCGCCAAGAUGUAUCGCGAGAAAUAUCUUGACGGUAUAGUUCGCAGCAUUUCGGGUGAGCCCCGUUGUGACUGCACUGCUCGGUUGUUUGUGGGGGAGACCGGAUUUUCUUCCUUGGUGGGCCAUAUGGACCCGUUGUGGUCAGGUGGAUGCUCGGAGGCGGAGCGCCACGUGAAGCUACAGGCGGCUGUCGCCUGGGUGCGCGAGGUGUUUAAGGAUCAGUUGACGUGCAUCGCGAAGGAGAUCUAUCCGGCCCAUCACAUAGUGCAGGAGGCGCUGGAUGCAAAGAAAGAGGAGGAAGACUUCAUCGUCCUAAGCCACUACUGUCCUUGGCAGAAACACCUGUACGCCCUGGAGGCGGAACGAGGCCUCCAGAUCAAAUGGAUCCUUUUCCAAGACGACCGAAAUGGCCAGUACAGACUUACCGCCGUUGCGGAUGAAACAGAUCGUUUCAACAACAGGGCUCUCAUCCACCAAGACCUCCGAGGACUCAGAGGCCAGGAUGUCGCCAAUUUCAUCGAUCCCGACCAGUCUAAACCCGAGUGUCAGAAAGACGUAAAUCAGUACUUCGCCCACCACUCUGGUUUCACUGGCGGAGCACCAAGUCUGGAAGCAGCCAGACUCCUGAUGCAGUACCAGCCUGCCAAUGCCGCUGAAAUCGACUCGCCGGUGCACGACUAA